AUGCUGUGCACGGACCAGCUGCGCACGGACCAACGCGCACAGCCUGCCCUAAUCUCCCCAUGUCACCUUAGGUUUGAGCCUCGCUCACCAUCGCUUCGGUCGGGUGGUGCGCACCCUUACGAUACCAUACGAUACCUAGCACGGCCUUUUGUAGCACGCGCACCCCCCCUUCCUCCCCCCAUCAACGUGGCUGACGAAUUCUUCGACUGCUCUCGACUUGAGCACGCCUUCGACACCCAGGAUCAGGUCGACGUUUCUCGUGACGACCCAAAGAGCAGCGAAGACAGACCUCCUUUCUUCAUCUGUGAUCGGCAACCGUGCCCUAAUCGCACUCCACGGUCCAUCACUGUUGACGAAGGGCACUUCGUACCAAUCCGACGGGUCCAACACCCCCGCGGCCCUGCACUCCGGUACGCUGGCACCUCGAGAUCUACAUCUCGCCACGUCACUCCCGUCCCAUCCCGACCUGCCUCGCCAGGCACCCGCAUUCCCCAACCUGUCGCCAGUACAGGUCAAGCGCGAGGAGAU